AUGGCAAUAACGUUAAUUUCAACACCGCCUGCAGUAAUUACACGUGAACAGGCACGACAAAUGCAACAAAAUCCUCCAGAAAAUGGUAUAAUAGGACCAAUUGCUCGUCAUACGCAACAUAAUGUCCGCGCACUGUUUACUCCACCUGCUGCUGAUGAAAUGUUAGGUAAAGGAACAUUAUGGGUAACUGAAAGUAAACUGUAUUUUUAUUCUUGGGAUACAAAUAAUGGACUAGCGAUUGAUUAUCCUACUAUAAUAAUACAUGGUAUAUCAAGACAACCAGCAUCGGAUGGUACAGGUCCGAGUAUUUAUACACAGUUAGAUGAAAAAUUAAAUACAUUCGGUAGAACUUCACAAACUGCUACACGAGAGGGUGUAGAUGAAGAGGAAGAGGAAGAUCAUACAUCCGAACUUAAGUUUAUUCCUGAUGAUAUCGGUGCACAAUCUAUUGUUAAUAAUUCUAAUAAUCAACAACAAAAUGAUUAUGAUGAAGAAAUGUUUCAAGAUGCUGAAGAAGACAAAAAAUGA